GGGCACGGAGAAAGAUCCCCAAACAGCUACGAUAAAGGAGGCGGAGUCUUCUCAUCAGGCCCAUCAGUUUUUGACCAACGUUGGGGUUGAUGGACUUCAGCCCCAUACAGUGCAACCCAUGGCGUCAACAGCGCGCUUGAGCGUCUUCGUAAACUUGCUCAUCGUCUUAAGCUCGCCAUCAUUGGCCUCAGUCUUCCUGGAUCCAGAUGAAGCACGCAGCGUGUUGGUGCGCAGCAAAAGGUUCAACUCAGGUUGGCUGGAGGAGCUGCAGAAGGGUGAUCUGAAGAGGGAGUGUCUGGAGGAGAAGUGCUCAUAUGAGGAAGCACGUGAGGUCUUUGAGCAUCAAGAGACCACGGACGAGUUCUGGAGGACAUACAGCAUUCCAGACAGCUGCGAAUCAAGUCCUUGCAUGAACGGGGGGACUUGUUCGGUCCUGCCGACGUCUUACAACUGCUUGUGCCCACCUCCCUUCAGUGGUCUCAACUGCGAGCUGGACGACCGUGCCAGGCCAAACUCAUGUCUGCUAGAAAACGGAGGCUGUGAGCAUUUCUGUAACGAAGAUGAGAGGGGAGUAAGACUCAACUGCUCCUGCGCAGAUGGAUACUUGCUGCAUGCUGAUGGUCAGGGCUGCAUAGCUAAAGACUCAAUAGCGUGUGGCAUGACCCCAAUCCUUCAAGAUCCAAACAGAGCCAAUCAACUUGACCCUCGGGCUCGGAUUGUGGGUGGAAUCGAGUGUCCCAAAGGAGAAUGUCCCUGGCAGGUGUUGCUGGUUUAUAAAGGCAAAGGUUUCUGUGGCGGAGUAAUUAUUAAACCCACGUGGAUCCUCACGGCGUCUCACUGCCUGGAAGAUGCCGAUGCCCAGUUCCUAAACGUGGUUGCAGGUGAGCACAACACCAUGGUGGAGGAGGGAACAGAGCAGAUCAUCCGAGUGACUCAAAUCCUCAUGCACGAGAGCUACGAAAAGAAAACGGCCGACAACGACAUCGCCCUACUGCGACUGGCCUCUCCCGUGGUUUACACGCCGUACGCCGUGCCGGUCUGCCUGCCCACAAGAUCCUUAGCUGAACGCGAUCUGUGGGCAAUCAGGAUUCACACGGUGAGCGGUUGGGGGCGGCGAGCCGAGAACGGGCCCACCUCGCAUCUGCUGCGCCGCCUCAGGGUGCCUCGGAUACGGACGCAACAGUGCAUCCAGGAGAGCGGUGUAAAACUCACCGAAAACAUGUUUUGCGCCGGAUACCUUACGGGCCAGGCGGACUCGUGUAAAGGUGACAGCGGCGGGCCUCUGGUGACCCAGUAUAAGAAGACCACGUUUCUGCUGGGUAUCGUGAGCUGGGGGAAGGGUUGCGCCCGGCCGGGCCACUACGGGAUCUACGCUCGGGUCUCCAACUACCUGCCGUGGAUACACGACGGCAUGGCGACGCCAAUACAGCUCACGAACGAUACGCAACUUCCACUGUACAACCGAACCACUUAAGCCAGGGGUGCCAAACUAUUUUUGUCACGGGUCACAUCGUAGUCAGAGUCUCCCAUUAUGAUUGUCAACGUAUUCUAGAUACAGUAAAUAAACUGAUGAAUAUAAUACUUUUGAAAUCAGAGAUUAGUAAAAACGAUGAAUGGUAGUAAAAAUUGCAAUUUUUUUCAAAAGUGAGAAUUUGUAAUUUUAGUAAUGACACAAAGUCGAUGGGAAAUUUGUCUUCACGGGCCACAUAAAAUGAUGUGGUGGGCCGUUUCUGGCCCCUCGGGCUUUGAGUUUGACACCUAUGACCUAAGCGCUCAAUUCCUCGUUGACGUUCGUCCUGUUCGGUUCUCAACUUUAUCAAGCUGAUCCAUGCUUUUUCUCAAUAUGGCCUCUUCCACGGUUUCUUGUUCUUCCAUCUAAUGUUUUAAGAUGGCACCAACGGAGGCAGUUUUUGCUUUGUGCAGUAUAUGCGGCCGCAAAAGAUGUAAACUUAUCUUCAUGAAAUAAAUCCUCGGAUGGGGAAUUUAGCACCUGCUUGAAGAGUCGGAAGGAUUUUGCUAAUAAAAGUUCACGACAAGUUUUCAAGGCCAUUGAAAUAGGAAAUCUCGGUAUUUAGGAGAAAAGGUUGAGGUUGAUAGAAAGUGACUGGGAGUGUCCUGGCUCCUACAUCGAGCCAAAAAUGGAAAAGUCCGACUCCAAGCAACAGGUAAGAAGUAAAACACACAACUAGUAUUAGGAAAAUAGUAAUCGAGAAAAUAAACAUACAUUUACAGACGUUAGGGAUGAGCUAACUCGGCACACACACACAUCUGUUGCAUAUUUAUUUUAAAAUAAUCGAAGCCAUUUAUUUUUAAGGGAAAUUAUGUAAAAGGUUUGAGGUUUUUAAGGACAGGAAGAACCUCAAGCAGCAUACAAGAAGUCCAGGCCAUGAUUCCAACCUAUCGACUGUGAGACGGACACUCUAACAACCAUGUUUCAUCAAAAUCAUUCAGAGACGGACAACUUUCUGGACCUGCAUUUUCCAUCUCUGUCCAAAUAUCAUGUAUGGUUCUUCAAAUGUGUCAACACUCAAAUUGGCCGAUGAGGAAUCAGCAAAGACGAUUGAAUCUUUUCCGCGGUACGAUAAAAUAACACGGCAGACCUUCAAGAUCUGACGGCCGAAUGUACGGAGCGAU